UGAGCGGUUCAGUGCCCCAGGGUGCAUAAUAUUUAGCUUAUCCCCCACAACACACAGCUUGCAUCCAAACCCAUCACCGGCGUCUCACUGACAUCCUGGGAACAUGACGGGGAAAACUGUAACAAUGGGGUGGUUCCUCCUCCAGCUGGCGCUAACAUCCAAGGUGGUGAUGUCCCAUGAACCAGACGCACCCCCUGCCACGCCAGACCAGGCCGUAAACCUUCUGGUCGGCCACAACUUGGAUCAGAUACGGCAGAUGAUGAAUGUGAAUGGGGAGGAAGAGGAUACAGGAGACGACGAUCUACCUAAGAUACGAUCAUCUCCGUGGGUUGAAGUCACGGAGGAACACACUGUCGGAGACCUACCUCCUGAAGCCAUCCAUCCUCUGGGAGGAAUCGAUCCAAAGGACCUCACCGCCAUCUUCCGGGCAAGUUUGCACGAGGGCGAUGACGGUGUGGGUGUCGGUGAAGACGAGGACAUGGAUGCCGUGGAGGAAGGCAGCAACAGAAACAAGAGAGCAGCAACCUCGACCUUUAUGCAUCCAGCAGCUCUCUACAAGUCCUUUUUCAGAGACCAAGAUGACUAUUGAUGUAUCCAGGCCACACCAUACAGUCCAUUAACUUUUUUUUUUACUGAAUAUCUAUAUCGAUCUACCUGUAUCUAGUUUGGCAAUUUUACUGAAUAUCUAUCCAUCUAAUGUCAUUUGACAACUUUACUGAAUAAAUAUCAUGUGAUGAAAUAAUUCGCCACAGCUCACUAAAAUAACAAAUACCA